AUGGUUUGGCCAGAAAAGGCGGGUCAUCUUGAAGAGGGCCUUCAGAGGCUACAGGGAGCUGCGCAAGGAGAGGUCGCGCCUUCCUUCUCCUUCUCGGAGACUCAGUCCCCAGCGAGAAAUAUGAGAUACCGAGGAGGAUCAACAUACAGGCCUAGACUAAGAAGAAACCAGCGAGGAUUUCCUAAGCGGCUUGGGCCUGUGGUUGCCAAACAGCUCAGUGUUGAAGAGCCUCCGCAGAAGGAGCCACCACUUGCAACUCAGGAUGUUACUCCUGGAGAGAAGAGUGAUGCGGGUGCACUUGAGGGUCCAGGUGAUGGGAAGGCAAAGAAAGAAUGUCUGUGGGGCCCUGACCUGGAAGCUGAUCUCCAGGCACUGUCUCAGCCAGAGAAUGGGGGUGAAUGCCCGGGUCCUGACGUCAAAGAAGAGGAGAGUCUACCAAAUCUAAAGCCCGUGGAGGUGCUCGAAGGAGGUGAAGGACAACCACAGGUUUAAAUGAAGACAAGCUGAACAAGCUGAAACACUGCAGAC